AUUGAAAGCACUCAGGCAGAGAGUGCAGCAGGGGUGCUAUUUUUAGGACCAGAUACAUAUCCAGAUCGGUUCCAGGCUGUCGCCAACCAGCCACGCCACCGAGGCCUUCCUGAGAACCGAGAGCCUGGCAGCACCGGGCAGGGUGGAAUCCAAGUCUGGCCUGCUCUUUCGACGGUGCUCGCAUGGGCAGCCCUAAGGAAAAGGCCCAGGAGGCCGCCCCGGAAGAGACGGAUGCCAUCCUGGAGGUCGGUGGGACAUGUUUCCCCGUCAACAGGUGGGCCCUGGCCCGCCAGAGCCCGUACUUCGAGGCCAUGUUCUUUGGGGGUACCCGGGAGCGCACCCAGCGGCAUAUCCGCCUCCAGGGGCUGAAGGCGGAACCGUUCCGGGCCCUCCUGGAUUUCACCCGGACUGGCCUCCUCUCGCUCUCCUCUCUCAACGUGGCGGCUCUGCUGGAAACGGCGGACUUUCUCCGGCUGGAGAGUGCCAAGCGGCACUGCGAGACCUUUCUAAAGCGCGAGCUGCACGUCUCCAACUGCCUCGGCCUGCUGGCCUACGCCCAGCAGUUCGCCUGUGGGGAGCUCGGCUCGGCCGCCCUCCAUGGGGCGCUCACCCACUGGGCCGAGCUGGUGGCCCAGGAAGAGUUCCUGGAGCUGCCCAAGGAAACGCUGCUCACCCUCCUGGCGAGCGACGAGCUCUUUGUGGCCCGGGAGGACGCCGUCUUCGAGUCAGUGGCACAGUGGGUGGCUGCCGAUCCGGGGGCCCGAGAAGGGGAUUUCCUGGAGCUGGCGGCCCUGAUCCGGGUGCCCUUCCUCACCCUCUCCUUCCUGGACCUGCUUGUCAAACAGAGCAAGGGGCCUGGGCAGGACUUCGCUGUCCAGCUGGUGAAGAAGCUGGACCACUGUCCGCCACCCAACUGGAGGCAUGUGGCUGACUCGCCCUGCACGGGCCGGAGUUAUGAAGCGCUGUACGUGCUUGCUGGGCCGCACGACCGGGAGCAGCAGGAGCUCCUCCAGUUCCAACCCAAGAGCGGUACCUGGCAGGCCUGCUCACCCCUCAAGCGCAAAAACCUCACCCAGUAUGCCGUGGCUGUCGUAGGCAACCUCCUCUUUGUGACCGGCGGCUACUUCCGCGAGGAGUUUUUCUGGUCCACGGUGGACUCGGUCUUGAUCUACAACUCCUGGGACAACAGUUGGCUGGAAGGGCCAGCCAUGAAGAAAGCCCGCAACAGCCACUGUGCCGUGGGGGUGGGCUUCCACGUCUACGUCCUUGGGGGCAGCACCGAGGAAGGGGGCAUAACCCCGGACGUGGAGCGCCUGGCCCCUGCUGACUCCGCCUGGCAGAGCACCAGCCCCCUUGUGCACCCUGUGGAGCGGGCCGGAGCCGUCAGCCUGGGGACCCGGGUGUACGUGGUCUGCGGCCUGGACGAGAACGGGGAUGUCUGCCGUGCCGUUCAGCGGCUGAAUGUGGAGACGGACAUGUGGGAUGUGGUUUCCUUCUCGCCCCUUCCACGGUGAGGCUUGUUGGGUGAGGGUAUCCUUCUGGAGACGGGGGGGGGCAGAAAGCCCAAAUGCGGGCAGAGGGCGGCUGUCAACCCCCUUCAGCUCUACCCAGCCCAUUGCCCGUGGCGAGAACCGGGGGGGGACAAAAGGGACCCGAGGGGGGGAGGACGGCAGAGCCCCAAACCAGUAAAGUCCAACAAGAAAACCCAGGAGGUGCACAAAAAAACCCACUGUAUUCAGUCCAGUGCCCCCGCAGCACUUCCUCGGGCGCGUUGGAAAGGGUGUUGCCAUCAAGCAUACAUCUUUUAAAUGCGCUCUUCGAUCCGACCGAAGUGCGAGACAGAAGCGUGUCUACAAGCCAAGUUGAGAGGCAAGAGUCCGUGAGCAAAACUGUAAGUCAAGCGUACUCUCCACCUCGUCUUUCGCAAAAAGCCAGGGAAAAAAACCCAAACCCCUCCGCCCGUUACGCCCAGUUUUGCAACACGAAACAAACAGUGCUUUGGGGAAAGUGCCUGGGGCGGGGGGUUGGCAGGAGCAGGGGAGCCAG